GUUUUUGUUACAUUUUGACUUGUCAACGUUGUAUGAUGAUCACGAAAGUGAACAGAUUGCGAAAAACGCGUACGUUGACAUGAGGUAUUUACACAUUGUCAAAAUUGAGGAGUGUAAUGUAAAAUGCCAGAAAAUGACUUUCCAAUAGGAUAAAUUAAGGACUUAAAGAUGGAGCGGUUUCAAAUGAGAAUUUCUGUGGUGUGUAUUGUGUUUGUGGUUCUUACUCAAUAUGUUGGAGCUGCCUAUGUAGAAGGCAAUUGUACGUCUACGAGUGACUGCCCAACAGAUGCUACGUGUAUUGCAAGAGGCUGUGACGGAAGUGUUUGUGUCUGUAACACUGGAUUUUUCCCAUCAGAAAACAAAACAGGUUGUGAAGGAGUGGUGGGAUUAGACGAGGUGUGUAUUGGCAAGCAGUGCCUACCAGCGAACUCCCAUUGUAGUUCAACUGACAACGUUUGCACUUGUGAUGAAGGAUAUGAACUGUCAUACGAUGAAGAGAAAUGUAGACAGGAACCAUCUGCAAAUGGACUAUCAUUCCGUCUACUUAAUGAACCAUGUAAUGAAGCCUCACUUGCGUAUUGCUCUGGACUUUUCCAAGAUUGUGUAUCUGGAACGUGUAAAUGCAAAGAGGGAUACAGAGAAGCUACGACUGCAGAUAUUUAUCUAGAACCGUCCAAUACAUUUGAAUGUCGCUUAGAUGUUCAUAUAAUGAAUAAUACAAACAUAACCUGCCCGACACCACCGCCCAUUAUGAAAAUCUAUGAAGAAUGUGAGUCAAAAGCAAAUUGCGUUCCAAAUGCGGAUUGUACACCUCGAGGAUGUGAUGGAAAAGUUUGUCUUUGUGAAUUGGGUUUUCUUUCAAAUGAUGCGAACGAUCUGUGUUUGGGAGUGACAGAGAUAGGCAUGGGUUGCAAUGAUACUAUCCGGUGUCCCGGGGGUAGCACAGUCUGUAUUGAAGGCAUAUGUGAAUGUAAGGAAGGAUAUGUAAAGGUGGAUCACAGAAGAUGCAAAGAAGAUAUUUCAAACAUCCAUCCUUAUACGUGGUCAUUGUUAGGGGAAGAUUGUAAAGAGGAUGGGCUCAACCGAAAGAUAUGCCAAGAUUUCAUGGAGCAAGAAUGCAAUGCAACUGGGACGUGCGUGUGUAGUAAAGGAUAUAGAGAGACAACAGAAGAAGAAAAGGCACUCUCCCCUUUUGUUGAUAUUGACUGUGUUGAAAACGAUUAUAAUGCAAACAUACCUGAUAAUGAUAAAGCCUGCACAACACCAACAACUGUUACUACUACUACAGCUACUGUUGCUACGACUACUACUCUUGGUGCAACGACAGCUGAGGCUGAAGUAACUACUCUUGGUGCAACGACAGCUGAGGCUGAUGUAACUACUAUUGGUGCAACGACAGCUGAUGCUGAUGUAACUACUAUUGGUGCAACGACAGCUGAUGCUGAUGUAACUACUAUUGGUGCAACGACAGCUGAUGCUGAUGUAACUACUAUUGAUGCAACGACAGCUGAGGCUGAUGUAACUACUAUUGGUACAACAACAGCUGAGACUGAUGUAACUACUCUUGGUGCAACGACAGCAGAGGCUGAUGUAACUACUAUUGGUGCAACGACAGCAGAGGCUGAUAUAACUUCUAUUGGUGCAACGACAGCUGAUGCUGAUGUAACUACUCUUGGCGUAACGACUGCUGAGGCUGAUAUAACUAUUAUUGGUGC